UGCGAGCGGAGCCACGUGGGUGGAGCGGGCGCGCAGGUCGCAUGGGGGAGUCUAUCCCGCUAGCCGCCCCGGUGCCGGUGGAGCAGGCGGUGCUGGAGACGUUCUUCUCUCACCUGGGCAUCUUCUCCUACGACAAGGCCAAGGACAAUGUGGAGAAGGAACGGGAGGCCAACAAGAGCGCGGGGGGCAGCUGGCUGUCGCUGCUGGCCGCCCUGGCGCACCUGGCCGCGGCCGAGAAGGUCUAUCACAGCCUCACCUACCUGGGGCAGAAACUAGGCGGCCAGUCUUUCUUCAGCCGGAAGGACUCCAUCCGCACCAUCUACACGGCCCUGCAUAACGAGCUGAAGAAAGUGGUGACAGGCAGAGGCGCCCCGGGCGGGACGGCCCCUCACGUGGAGGAGCUGCUCCCUCACCUGUCAGAGCAGCUGUGCUUCUUUGUGCAGGCGCGGAUGGAGAUGGCAGAGUUCUACGAGAAGAUGUACGCCCUCAGCACGCACAAGUUCAUCAACGCCGAAGAGCUGGUCGGCGUUUUGGAUGCCGUCCUCAAGAAAUACAGCUCCAGAUUUCACCACCCAAUCCUUAGCCCUCUGGAAAGCAGUUUCCAGCUGGAAGUGGGCGUGCUGAGCCAUCUCCUGAGGGCGCAGGCCCAGAUCUCGGAGUGGAAGUUCCUUCCUUCCCUGGUGACUUUGCACAGCGCUCACACGAAGCUGCAGAGCUGGGGCCAGACCUUUGAGAAGCAGCGGGAGACCAAGAAGCACCUGUUCGGAGGGCAGUCUCAGAAGGCCGUCCAGUCCCCUCACCUCUUCCUCUGGCUGACGAAACUCAAAAACAUGCUCUUGGCCAAGUUUAGCUUUUACUUCCACGAGGCGCUGAGCCGACAGACGACAGCUUCGGAAAUGAAAGCCCUGACGGCAAAGGCCAACCCCGACCUCUUUGGGAAGAUCUCCAGUUUCAUCAGGAAGUACGACGCUGCCAACGUGUCCUUAAUCUUUGACAACCGAGGUUCAGAGAGCUUUCAGGGUCACGGCUACCACCACCCGCACUCCUACCGAGAGGCCCCUAAGGGAGUGGACCAGUACCCGGCCGUGGUGUCUCUGCCCAGUGACAGGCCAGUCAUGCACUGGCCCAAUGUCAUCAUGAUCAUGACAGACCGGACAUCCGACCUGAACAGCUUGGAGAAAGUGGUCCAUUUCUAUGACGACAAAGUCCAGAGCACCUACUUCCUGACCCGCCCAGAACCCCACUUCACCAUCGUCGUCAUUUUUGAGUCAAAGAAAUCUGAGCGAGACUCCCAUUUUAUUUCCUUCCUCAAUGAGCUCUCGCUCGCCCUUAAGAACCCCAAAGUGUUUGCAAGUCUGAAACCUGGGUCCAAAGGUUAGCAGGAGCUCGUCGAGGGUUUGCAAGCC